CCUCAGUCCCCACACAACCAUCCAUCGCCAUGGCUCUCUGCAAGUCUUUCUUUCUCUUCCUCCUCUUCCUCUGCUCUCUCUCCCGAUCAACCCAAGAAACCCCAAACCCUAAACGAAACUUUUUUAAACCCUCCUUGAACUUCUCUCUCUCUUUCCCUCUCACCUCUCUCCCUCUCUCUCGCCCAUCUCCUGCAUCUCAUCUCUCCUCCCUCACUUCUUCAUCAACCAAACAAGCCCCCAAAACCAACCCAAGUCCCAGGAACCCAUAUCCUUACAGAUCUCAAUUCAAGUACACAAUGGCUUUGAUCGUUUCUCUCCCAAUAGGGACUCCUCCACAGACCCAACAGAUGGUUAUAGACACCGGAAGCCAGUUAUCGUGGGUCCAAUGCAAAAAGAAAUCGACGGUCAGAAAUCCUCAAAAGCAGCUCCCGUCGUCGUUCGAUCCUUCUCGGUCCUCCACCUUCUCUUUUCUCCCCUGUAAUAACCCCAUCUGCAAACCAAGAAUUCCCGAUUUUACCCUCCCAACUAACUGCGACCAAAACCGCCUCUGUCACUACUCUUACUUCUACGCCGACGGCACUUUGGCGGAGGGCAAUCUCGUCCGAGAAAAAGUUACUUUCUCCAGUUCUCAAGCCACUCCUCCUCUGAUCCUUGGUUGCGCUUCGGGCUCCGACGUCUCCACGGAGGGUAUUUUGGGAAUGAAUCUUGGCCGGCUUUCCUUUGCUUCGCAAGCCAAGGUUUCCAAGUUCUCGUACUGUGUGCCGGUUCGCCCGAACCGGGGAUUGGUCCCUCCCGUCGGGUCUUUCUACCUGGGCGAGAACCCAAGUUCCGGUGUGUUCCGAUAUGUUGACCUCUUGACCUUUGAUCGAACUCAAAGUCAACGCAUGCCAAAUUUUGAUCCGUUGGCGUAUACUGUGGGGAUGGAAGGCAUCAGGAUUGGUGCAAAGAGGUUGGAUAUCCCAAGGUCUGUUUUCCGACCCGAUGCUGGUGGUGCGGGCCAGACCAUGAUCGAUUCCGGCACGGAGUACACGUUCUUGGUGGAAGGUGCGUACACAAAGGUAAGGGAGGAGAUCAUGAGGCUGGUGGGGUCCAGAGUGAAGAAGGGGUAUGUGUAUGGACAAGCGUUAGAUUUGUGCUUUAAUGGGGAUGCUGAAGAGAUCGGACGGUUGGUGGGGGACGUAGUGUUGGAGCUGGAGAAAGGGGUGGAAAUUGUGGUUGAUAAAGGUAGGGUGCUCGCUAAUGUUGGUGGUGGGGUUCACUGUUUGAGCUUUGGACGGUCGGAUUUGCUAGGAGUGGAAAGCAAUAUCAUAGGGAACGUUCAUCAGCAAAACUUAUGGGUGGAGUUUGACCUCGCCAAUCGUAGAGUUGGAUUUGGAAGAGCAGACUGUAGCAGAUCAGCCUAAAGAACAAAGAUCACUCUCUGAUCCUCAUUCGACGUUGUAUAUUUUAUUUAUGUUUUUGGUAGGGUAUAUUUAUUUGUGUAUAUCUCUUAAUAUUAAUUAUUGAAUCAGAAUACACCACACAGUAAUCUUAUACUAA